GAAACGCAUCCUUGCCGCGGACAAAAGCCUCCCGUCACCUCACCUCCCAUCCGCUCCCUCCUCUUUUCACACCACCGACGCAACCGCACCGCCACCUCUAUAACCUUCCCUCCGUAGCCACCUCCCGCUGCUCAACCCAACGCCGCCGCGACCACUAGCUUAGCCUAGCCGCCCAGAUGUUCCUCACCGACAAGUACAGCUCGCUCCUCCCCCUCCACCCCAAGGCCCACCGCCACCAGCAGCCGGGCAAGGCGCCGGCCGGGGCGGGGGCCUUCGCCCGCUUUGACGCGGCGCUCGCCGCGCGCCUCCGGAGCCUUCUGCCGCUGCCGGCCUCUCCGCUCGCGGCGCUCGCCCGGCUCGCCGACCUCCUCGCGCUCACGCUCGAGGAGGCGGCGCCCGCGCUCGCCGGCGAGGGCGACGAGGCCGCCGUUGCAGCCCACCUCGUUUCCGGCGUCGCGCUCCUCGACGCUUGCAACGCCAUCACCGCCCGCCUCGACCGGGUCCGCCGCCGCCGCCUCCUCGCCUGCUUCGCGCUGCACCUCCUCUCGUCGCCAUCAUCGAUCGGGCGCGCACGUGCGGCGCUCGCCGACCGCAACGAUCGCGCCGCGGCUUCCCCUCCGCCUCCGCUCCCUUCCCUCCCGUUCGACCACCCCCGCGGUCGCCUCUCCGCCGCCGCGCGCGUCCUUGUCGCCGUGAACGCCGUCUCCUCUCUCGCUGCGGCAGCCGCGGCCGCCGUGCUAGGCGGGGGCGCCCUCGUGGCCACCUUCCCCCUGGUCUCCAGCGGCGACUUCCCGUGGGCAGAAGCCUUCAACGCCGUCUCCAGCCAGCUCUCUAACCUCGCUACCAAAAGCAGCGAAGUGGACACCAUCGACGAGGCUGUCCAGAAGCUCUCUUCAGUCCUCGAGGGCGAAGGCGGCAUCGACGAGGCGGCGCUGCGUGCCGCAGCGCAUGAGGUGGAGAAGCGGACGGAGGAGCUGACGGCGCGGCUGGAUCGCCUGUCGGACGCCGUCAACGGCGUGUUCCGCGCGGCGCUGUGCCUCCGCAACGCCGAGCUGGGCAGCUUCAUGGUGGGACCUGCGGGAAAGACAUGUAAAUAGCUGUCACUCUGUAAGCGUGUGUGUACUGAGUGUCGUAGCCGAAGGCAGGUUUGGGUGGGCGAGUCUGUUAAAAUGGUGUGUGUCGAAGAGGAGGCCACAUAUGAGGAUACCUGCAUUUUACACCCUUUUGGAUAUGUGGAAUCCAAUACUAUAUGGAAAAGAAAAAAAUGUUCAACCUGGCUCUGUAAUUUUGCGGCAUAAUAGUAUACUACGAGGAAUUUGAGAUGCA